AUGACAGCAAACGGUUGUGAGACCAGACUUGGCUGGUGCCUAAUUAUAUUUGUAAUUAAUGGUUAUCAUAUUCAAGUUCUUGCUGUGACUACCAUACAUCCGUUAAAUCUCAAUGUGUUUGCUGGGGAAAAUGCUGUUUUUGAGUGCAAUAACCUAGACGCAAUAACUACCUACAAAUGGCUAUGGUUUAAAGGUCAAAACUCCGAAGUGAUAGUGCAUGAAAGUUAUUCUACAAAAAAUGGAUACGAAUUCGUAGUAAGUAACACAAGACAAGCCAGCAGCUUAACAAUAAUAAAUACUACAAUUGAGGACGAUCAAAGUCGAUAUUUCUGUCAAUUUGGAUCUUUGUCAAAAUUAGCUACCCUAACAGUCAUCGAUGGAUCGCGGUUGGACUCAAAUUAUCCUGAUUGCGAAGCUGAUAUCGCAGCAGUAAACUCUAGGAAAACAGUCACAAUGACAUGCGGAGCUAGGGGAGGUAAUCCCAGGCCGUCAUUACAGUGGUACAGAAACGGAGUCAUGAUAGAACAUGAUGAUUUUACAAAUAUGGGUGAUGAUACUUCAUAUUUCAAUGAGAUUACUAGGGUACUGACUGUUGAAGACGAAGAGGCAGUGUUUAUGUGUAAAGCAGAGGGACUGGCUGCUACAGAGAACCAGACAUGUUACAUAAACAUACGAGUUCCUCUAACUGUCAUGAUAACAUCUACCACAACAUCAUUUUCCACUGGAGAUUCGUUGGAGUUCACUUGCUUGGCAGUGACUCCAUGGAUCAUCAAAGAUUACAUAUGGACGGUAAAUAACCAGUUAGUGAGACCAUCUAAUUCUAUUUAUAAUCUAACUGACCACAAAACAACGUUAAUCAUGAACAAUUUGCAGUCUGGUGACGCAGAUACAAAAAUAAAAUGUGAGGCAGUGACAGCGUCUGGAUUAACUGGCAGCAACACUAUCACAAUUUCUUUUAAUGAUCAAUCGAAAAUAUUCAAAAUAGUAGGGAUUGUGGUUGGAGGGCUCGUAUUCUUGUCAUUAAUAUGUCUCAUCCUGUUCAUUGUAAUAAGAAGGAGAAGAUUAAAGGAAAAAGCAUCAGUUGAUAAACCGGUUGUCUUGGUGGAGCCUUUAAAUCAGAAUCAUCCAACGGAUGUUAUUGUUCAUGGUGUACCUCUUGAUAGUCCAAUCUACGCCAAUGCGAUGUACUUUGACUUCGACACGGAAUCCACCUAA